CUCUUGACGUGUUUCAUCUGGUCGAGAGAUGUCAUCAUAUCAUGCCAUGCACAGAGGCUGUGUUCAUUCAUGGCUAUAAGAGCCACAGAGUGAAGUCAGAGUCGUAGAGAGAUCUCCCGCACAGCCCUUUUCGUACUUUGCUCCAAGCGCCAUAAUAUCAAUCUAGCCGCUCAUCUCUCGUAGUCUCACCCCGUUCCGUUUCCCCUAAACCCUUAGCAACUCUCAAAUCCUCUCCCUUCCAAACAGUCUACUUCAUCUCUCCCGAUUUCUCGGACUAUCCCAUUCCGUUUACCCCAAACCCUACCGCACUCCAACCUCUCAUACCCCUUGUUUCGAACCGACUAGCCUCCUUCCAUCAUGGGCGCUCCCCGAAGUACCGGCCUCCCCUGGCACCUCGGCUACCCCAUCAUAAUGCUCGCCCUGAUCUGCGCCGCUACCUGGUCAUCAGCCGCUUCGUUACACCUCGCCGCCGCCAACUCUCUUACCACCCAAGUCCGUUUCGGACCGAAAGAUUACUGCGGGUUCAACGUGACCGUGCAAGAUGGGGUUAGGUAUUAUGAUCCCCUUGGGUGCGUGGAUGCCGGGUGGAGUUAUCAGGUCGACAGGCAGGCUGUUGGGAUUGGGCUUCCCGGGGCGGUCAGUACGAGCUUGAGUAAAGGUGCUGCGCUUCUGUUGGUUUGUGAGUCGACCGGGAUGUCGUUGUUAAAGUCCGCGUUCGUGGAGGACCGUAGUAUGGACGCUGAAAGUCUGUCCUGCAAACCCCCAGGCUUUGUGCUCUUGAUCCUCUCCACGUUCAUACAAGCAUACGGUACGAGGUACUCUUUCAGAAAAGAUCCCGACCCUACCAAGGAACGGCUUUACACGCUCAUCUCCCUCCACCUACUCUUCGCCAACGCCACUACCCUCGCCAUCUGGAUAACAUUUGUGACCAUCGCUGGGAUCCUAGCUUCAGCGACCUCUUACAAGGGGGUCGACAAGUCUCAAUCCCUGGAAGCUGGAGGGAUUCGCAUUUGGUGGGGGAUCUCUCCGUGGUUGAUACUGUCGGCGGGGUUGUUGGGCCUGCCUUGGGCUUUCGAGUCUGUCCGGUGGCGACACGCCGAGUUGAACAAGAGUUGAUGGGUUGUUUCCAGAUCAUAUGGACGGCGGGAACUCUCCUCUUUGAC